GUCCUUCUGUCUGCAGGGGGCGCUGUGUGCGCCGGGCCGCGGCCUCCGCAGCGGCUCUGUUAAAGGGCCCGCUGGGCACGUGGCUUCGGUCCCUGUGGAGUUUGCGGCCGCUAGACAGCAGCUCCGGCUCCUCGCCGACACGCAGCCCGCGCUCGGUCCGACCUGUUGACUGAAAAUCAGCCUGCGCCUGGCCAGAUCUGUCGGCGGACGACCGCAGCCCAGCGACGACGCGGUAGCCAUGGCUGAAACGGCGCCUGCCCUGCCAAAUGCAGAGAAGAGCUCAUACCUCUACUCUUCAGAAAUCACACUGUGGACCGUGGUGGCUGCUGUUCAGGCCUUGGAGAAGAAAGUGGAUUCUUGCCUGGCCCGCUUGCUGACUCUGGAGGGACGUGCAGGGUCAGCGGAGAAGAAGCUGGCUGACUGUGAGAAGACGGCCGUGGAGUUCAGCAACCAGCUGGAGGGCAAGUGGGCCGUGCUGGGGACCCUGCUGCAGGAGCAAGGGCUGCUGCAGCGGCGCCUGGAGAACGUGGAGAGCCUCAUGCGGGUCCUGUGGCUGCCCCCUGGCAGCAAGGGCGAGGCCCCCAAGGUGCCCCUGACCUUUGAUGAUGUGGCUGUGUAUUUCUCUGAAUUAGAGUGGGCCAAGCUGGAGGACUGGCAGAAGGAGCUCUAUAAGCACGUGAUGAGGGGCAACUACGAGAUGCUCGUUUCCCUGGAUUAUGCCAUCUCCAAACCAGACAUCCUCACCCAGAUAGAGAGGGGAGAAGAGCCUUGUCCUGCAGGCCCCCAGGGCCAGGAGAAGGGGAGUGAGGAGGAGACAGUGUGCCCAAGGAAAGCAAGCACCAGCAUUUCUCUGAGUCCAGAACGGGCCCCAAGUCCAGCCAGCCCUGCCCCGGAGCAACCAGAUCAAAGGCAGACACGGGAGCAGCAGCAGCAAGCCGCAGCAAGCAUGGCUCCUCCCGAGCCAGGCCCUGGGAUUCCAGCAAGCACCAGCACUUUAUCAAUUAAACAGGAGGGAGAAUCUGCAGAGGGAGGAGAGUUGGCACUCUCCCCUCCCACAGCCAGCCUGCCUUCUGUGGGGCCAGGUGGUGGCGCUGUGAGCAUCAAGACAGAAGCCCCGUCUGAGGAUCAGCCUGAGCAGCGCCUUCUGGAGUCCUCCAGCCAGUCCGUAUUUAGAGUCCACAAAAGGCCCAGGAUUAAGACUAGAGGCUAUAGAUGCCAUCAUGCCCAGGGGGUGCCUAGGGUGCGGAUUGGGGAAUCCCAGGCAGCAGAGGCUAUAGGACAGCCACCCUGUAUCCUUACUCGACCACGGAAGCAAGCAUUCCUGUGCCCUGACUGUGGGCAGAGCUUCCGCUUGAAGAUUAAUCUGGCAAUCCAUCAGCGGACCCAUGUAGAAAAGGAACACAGGGAGGCUUGGCGUGACUUGCCUGUUAGGUCAGGGAAAAGCCACACUACACUAGAACCAGGGGAAGUGGUGGUGCCAGGUCCGGUCAUUUCCUGGCUACCUGAGGAGCCCACAAGCCACCGGUCUCCGACAAGCCAUGCCUUCAUGGGACAAAGGCCAGCAACUAAGGUUUACCACUGUAGUGAAUGCCUUCACUCCUUUCAGCAACGGAAGAGCCUGGUACUGCACCAGCGCCAGCACACAGGCAAGAGGCAGGGCUGGCCUACCUGUCCCUACUGUGGCAAGGUCUUCCGCCGGCCCUCGGACCUCUUUCGUCACCAGCGAAUCCAUACUGGUGAGCGACCUUAUCAGUGCCCCCAAUGUGGCAAGGCCUUUAACAGGAACCACCACCUGACUGUCCACAUGCAGACUCAUUUCUGAGGUCAGGCAAGCCUGUGUUUCCUCCUGCCUUCUGUCCUCCAGGGGAGUCCAGCCCUGCAAGGGCCCGGCUCUGAACAGGAAGGCCGACCAAGAGCCUGCCAUGAUACUUUCUGGCUCUCCUGGCAGGACCUGCACUAUCUCAGGGCCUUUCUCUUGUGCCUAACCUCGGGCAAAUUGGUCUCUCAGUCUAGGAUGACUUUGGAGAGUCUGUUUUUGUCUCCUUUCAGAUGGGAAGAAGCAGCUCCUUUGUUGACUGUGUGACAGGGUACCUCUGUCUCCUAAUUCCUCCUUUUGGACAUUCCUGAUUCUUAAGAUUUAAUGUCAGGCCUCUUUUGCUGGCACUGCAGGCAAUAGGAACAGAAAUGUGUCUCUUCCAGGUGGGACAAGAGAGGCCUGGGGAAAAGGUUUGAACGGAGAAAAGUCUGCAGUCCACCUGAGAGAAGGCAGCAGGAUUGGCAGAUACAGGGAAACAGGAGAUUUGGAUUGGUUUGUUUGUUUGUUUGCUUUUCUUUGUUACUUUGAGAUUUUUCUUGGAGACCAGAAGCUGCUGGGUAGGAACUUUCUGCUACCUCCUCCACGUGUAGUUGACGGUGGGAGGACCCGCAUCAGCAGGGUGCCCUGAAAGCAGAGUGCCUGGGGUUUUGAGUCCUAGGACGGCUCAGUCUCGUGAGUCUGAGUCUCCCCUCACAGGGCGAGGCGUCCACUCCUGCUACUGUGAGGGAAGCGGAAGCUAGCUGUGCAUUACUCCUCACGGAUCUCAGUGUUGACAGUAAAGUUGUGUAGCUGGACUUUGGCUACUUUGUGGGUUCUUCUUUCUUCUGUCCUUCACCCUUUCUUCCCUUUCAAAUAGCAAUAGAUAGGAAAAAGAAAAAAAUAGAGGGGAAAGGGGGUGGUGUUAUGGUUAGACUACUUCCUGUUGAUAAGUGGUGUUGAGCUUCUUGGGGCAAGUUUGAUCCUCAAUGUCUGGAUAUCUAAUUUGUUCUUUGUGCACAACUACAUAACAAACAGCAACAACAAUCAACUCUUGGGGCUCUAGCAUUUACCCUCUUGAAAUUCCCAGAAUUCCAAAUAGUGCCCACUUGCAGAAACUCUCUGCAGCUAGCAAAAUCACGCCCCUGCUAGAGCACAAGACAAAUCAUAGCUACUGUGGACGAUCUGACGCAUCUCUGUAGCCCACACCUGAAGUUAAAACAAAAACAUUCCUGUAAUAUUUCUCUGUUUUUCAAAGAAACGAAAACUCCACUAUUGUCA